AUGUCGUCGCCGCCGCCGCCGCCGCCGCCGCCGCUGCCGCUGCGGACUCCUUUAUCGGUGGUGGGGGUGCUGCUGGUACUACCUUGCCUGGUCAUUCUCCUCUCCUGUGCGGCCUCUGCGGAGACGGUGGCUCCGGCACCUCUCUAUAUCAAAUGUAACUCUCCAUUCUGCUCGCCCUUCCAGUCCCCGCCUUCCUUCCCGUUCGGCGUCGCUCCGGGAUGCGGCCAUCCGGCCUUCCAGAUUCGCUGCACCCCGGACAAUCGUUCCCAGAUCACCAUCGCUGGCUUCUCUUUUUCCAUUCUUGAUUUCCGCGGUGAUUCCCUGCUUGUUUCCCCCUGUCUCGGUAGCCGCAUCGAUGGGGUCUGCGUUGCCGGUUCCUCGACGGCAUUCCCACCCAGCCAGAUCGAUCUAUCCAGUUCCCCCUUCCUGUUUUCCGACGAGUCCUGUUCCCGCCUUGCCAUGAUUCACCCCUGCAGGUCGGAGCUCCUCCGUCUGCCUCCAAACUGCAGCGCCAUCGUUGGCGGUGGGAGAACCGGCGUAUGGCGGUCCUGCCUCCUGUCCUGGCCGCUUCACCUGCUGAAGGGCUGCAAUACUUCCCACUAUCAGCGUCCCAACAACUCCAGGGACGAUCGCCAGGGGUGCGAGUCCGAGAUGUACGCUUCCAUGGCGGACUUUCUGCGGUCGGGUAUCUGGAUCGAAUGGCGCCUCACGGAGGACGUCUACUCCAGUUGCUCUAACUGCUGGAAGCAGAAUGGCGCAUGUGGUUUUAACCUUUCUGAUCCCACACAUUCCUUUCUCUGUCUUGCCCCUGAUGUUACCCUUCCCAGAAUACCUGAAAGCGGCCACAAUCACAGAGUGAAUCGCGUCGUCCUCUUCACCACGGCGCUUUUCGCCCUCACCUGCCUCGCCGUACUCGCCUUAUCCGCAGCUAUCAUCUUUCGGCGAGGCUUCGGUUCCGGCGGCAACCGCUGCGAUGACGGCGAGAACGCGGUGACGGCCUUCUUCCGACGCCACCAGCUCCACCUGCAGCCACCCGUCUUCACCUACGACCAACUCUGCUCGUCCACCGGCGGGUUUGAUCCCAAGUGCAAGAUCGGGGACGGCGGAUUUGGGUCCGUCUACCUCGCGCAGCUUGAAGAUGGCCGCAGUGUCGCCGUCAAGCGGCUGCAUCGCAAGCAUCCGUCCGCCGCGACGAACUCCUUCUGCAACGAGAUACUGAUCCUCUCCUCCAUCCAUCACCCCAACCUCGUCCGCCUCCACGGCUACUGCUGCGACCCCAGGGGGCUUCUCCUGGUCUACGAUUACGUUCCCAACGGCACGCUGGCCGAUCACCUUCACGGCCCUCGGCGUCUGCAGAAUAAGAGCUCGCUGGCGUGGCCCCUCCGAGUGAGCGUCGCCUUGCAGACGGCUCUGGCUCUUGAGUACCUCCAUUUCUCCGUGAAGCCGCCGGUGGUGCACAGGGACAUCACGUCGUCGAAUAUCUUCAUCGAGAAGGACAUGAGGAUCAAGGUCGGCGACUUCGGCCUCUCGAGGUUGCUCUGCUUGCCUGACCCUGGCUCCUGUUCGUCUGGUUCGGCAUCGGAGUAUGUCUGCACGGGGCCCCAGGGGACCCCUGGAUACCUCGACCCAGAUUAUCACCUCUCCUUCCGACUCACGGAGAAGAGCGACGUUUACAGCUUCGGGGUGGUUCUGCUGGAGCUUGUCACUGGAAUGAAGGCUAUGGACUUGAGGAGAGACAAGCAAGAGAUCUCCCUGGCCCAUAUGGUGGUGUCCAAGAUCCAGGUUGGGGAUCUCCAGCAGGUGGUGGACCCGGUCCUCCUCCGCCAUGGUCCGAUGAUGGGAACUGUCGAAUCCAUGGCUGAGCUUGCAUUCAGGUGUGUGGCAGGGGAGAAGGAUGAUCGACCGAAUGCAAGAGAGCUGGUGACUGAGCUCAAGCGGAUUCAGAACCGGAUACAGGAGGAUUCCAAGGGCAGCUGA